GCGGCCAAGGGCGGCGAGGCGAGGCGAGGCAGGCAGAGCCUUCCGGGCGGCGCUCCUUCGACACCCAGGCGACACCAUGUCCGAGGGGAUCGACUCCCAGCCAGUGGCCCUGGGGGCUUCCCGCGUGGAGCUCCGUGUGUCCUGCUGGAGCCUUUCUCUGCGUGAGGAGGCCCUCAAGCCAGACCCCUGUGUGAUGGUCCAGUUGUUCAGCGAUGGGCAGUGGAGCGAGGUGGGGCGCUCGGAGGUCCUUCGGGGCUCCCAAAAUCCCGUCUUCGCCCAUGUCUUUGCUCUGGACUAUUUCUUUGAGGAGAUGCAGACCCUGAGGUUUGAAGUGUUUGAUGCCAUUGAUGACAGCCCCGAGGAUGGGGGGUCUGAAUUGGGGACCCUUUUAGGGGCAAUCGAAUGCACUUUGGGGCAGAUUGUCUCCCACACAAAGGUCACCAAAGAGCUGGCGCUGGCAGACGGAGAGCCCGUGGAGAACUCGACCAUCACGAUUGAAGCUGAGGAAGUCUCCAGAACCAACGAGUUUGUGCAGCUCGAAUUUCACGGCCAGGAACUGGAUGACAAGGAUUUCUUCAGCAAGUCCGACCCAUUCCUGGAGAUUUACAAGGUCAACAGCAACGAUAUAGAGCAGCUGGUUUGGAGAACAGAGGUGGUGAAGAACAACCUGAGUCCCCAUUGGGAGCCUUUCCGUGUCUCCCUGCAGUCUUUGUGCAGCUGUGACCCAGACAAGAACAUCAGGUGUGUCAUUUAUGAUCAUGACUCCAGUGGAAAGCACGACUACAUUGGCGAGUUCAGCACCACUUUUCACGAAAUGCUACAGGCUUCCUCAGGAGAAGAGGUGAAAUGGGACUGCAUCAACCACAAAUAUCUGGAGAAGAAGAAACAUUACAAGAACUCGGGGUACAUUGUCCUCACUCAGUGCAAGAUAGAGAAAGUCCACACAUUCCUGGAUUACAUUAUGGGAGGCCUGCAGAUCUCCUUCACAGUGGCCAUCGACUUUACGGCAUCCAACGGGGACCCACGUAGUGAGCACUCCCUUCACUUCAUCAACCCGAAGGAACCCAAUGAGUACUUGAAGACCUUGUCUUCGGUGGGCGAGAUCUGCCAGGAUUAUGAUAGUGACAAGCGCUUCCCAGCCUUUGGUUUUGGGGCACGGAUUCCUCCAGACUUUGAGGUGUCUCAUGAUUUCGCUAUCAACUUUGAUCCAGAGAAUCCGGAAUGUGAAAGGCUCACCGGUGUGAUCGAGGCCUACAAGCGAUGCUUACCCCAGAUACAGCUCUAUGGACCGACCAACGUCGCCCCCAUCAUCAACAAAGUGGCUGCUCCUGCAGCCGAGGAAGAGAAAACAGGGUUGCCCACGAAGUACCGUGUGUUGCUGAUCCUCACAGACGGCGUGGUGAGCGACAUGCCUGAGGCGUGCGAUGCUGUCGUCCGAGCCUCCCGGCUGCCACUCUCCAUCAUCAUUGUGGGCAUUGGGAACGCAGACUUUUCGGACAUGCGAGAGCUCAAUGGCGACCGCGGGAUGCUGGAGUCAGAGGAAGGCCGAGCUGUCCGUGACAUUGUCCAGUUCGUUCCUGUCCGUGAAUUCAAGAAGGCUCCUCCCAACGCUCUGGCCAAAUACGUUCUGGCCGAGGUCCCAAAGCAAGUGGUGGAGUACUACGGAAGCAAAGGCAUCUCACCUGGGACGCAGAGGUCCUCUUCCCCGCAGCCCCAGUGAGGCCCACGUGCCCCCCUCUCCCUACGGGCCUGGCCUCUCCAGCACCUGAAUGUGCCUGUCUUCUCUUUCCCCUCACCUCUGCCUGUCUUCCGGCCCUCAGUCCCUUAGGAAACACCCCCUCCACCUCUUCUGGUGGGGAAGAAAGAAAGAGAGCACUUCUGCCUCUGCUCCGGGCCUACACCCAUGACUCAGGAUGGCAGCUGGAACCGUUCCCCACCCAGA